AUGGGGAGUUGUUGGAGCUGUCUUUACAGGGACCCCACCCGAGACAACCAUCUCACCAAAUUUAAGGUCGUUAAUGUGGACGAUGAAGGCAAUGAGCUGGGUUCUGGUGUCAUGGAGCUCACCCAGACCGAGCUCAUUCUUCAUACACGGAAGAGGGACGCCAUCAGGUGGCCAUACCUCUGCUUGCGCCGCUACGGCUAUGACUCCAACCUGUUUUCUUUUGAGAGCGGGCGCCGUUGCCAGACUGGGCAGGGAAUAUUUGCCUUCAAGUGCUCUCGGGCUGAGGAGAUCUUCAACCUGCUCCAGGAGCUGAUGCAAUGCAACAGCAUCAACGUAGUAGAGGAGUCCAUGAUGAUGUCACGCAGUGGUCAUACGCCAGAGAUGGAGAUGUCUCGCACUCCACAGACCCCCAACACUCCAGCAUUCCCCGGGCCGGCUUUUCCCAACGGAUACCCUGGUUAUCCUGUCAGAGGGGAUUCUUCCCAGCCUUCGCUUGCUGAGGAUCAUGGACACAAUCUGAUGGCCUUGGAAGACCAGACCCACACUUAUGUUAACACUGUUAGCAUGGAGGGGGAUCUUGCCAUGCGUCACUGUGUGCACUCCCUACCUGAAGUGCGGCCCAGCACAUUCACCGAAACGACACGUGUCGGGGGACAAACGAAUACACAGUCGAACCUGCGCUGUUGUCCCCUCGAGGAACAUCAGGACCCCCAGGUGUUCCUACAACCGUCGUCGCAGGAGGUCAAGUUCAUGCUGGGUCCCACUCCAGCGCAGCGGCAUCUACUGCAAAGGGAACGGGAGCGCGAGAGAGAGCGGAUCACUCACGGCCCCCACAGCCUUCAGCCAGUAGAGGGCGCAACAGGCUCAGAGACAGAUGGCGACGAGCCCUCCCUGCACAUGUGCAACUCCCUCUCCUAUCACCAUUUCCAUCACCACCCACACCGGCACCCGUGCCACGAGCACCCGGACAGCUGCCAAGGCGGCGAGCUCACCUACGAGAACAUCAACGGCCUGAGGAGCGGCCGAAAGCAGCGACUGAGUCCCAGCAGCGUUUCACAGUCGGUGGGCUCGAGCAGCAGCAGCAGCACCGGGGACAGUCACUCCCACGCCCUACUGCACCCGCACGGUCCAUCCUCACUUCCCUCGCCAGGCUAUGGCUGCGAGAGGCCUGCAGGCGGAGGUUACCGCCGUACGGCGCUGCUCAAUUACGAGAACCUGCCUUCGCUUCCCCCGGUGUGGGAGUACAGUGCCCUGCAGCGGGACGACGAGCAGGAAGAAGAUGAUGACGAGGCAGACGAGGAGGAGUACGAAGAGGAGGAGGAAGACUUUGACGAGUACGAAUUCUCGGAAGGCCCCGAGACGGCCAAUGGGUACCACCCGGAUGGGAGGGGUAUCCACAGAGACGCGCUUCAGAACUAUGUCAACACAGAGCAGGUGCAGCCGCCCAGGCUGCGGCACAGCUGCCCCCCACAUCCACGACCGUGUCAACCCGACAGAGGGGGACGCAUAUUUAGCUUUGAUUUCCGCAGACGCUCGAGGUCAGGGGUCGGCGUCUGCGAGCACGGGCACAUGCCUCCGUCACGGCAGCUGAACUACAUCCAGGUAGACCUUGAGGGUGAACCUUCCUGCCAAGGUCUCAGCGGCGGGGGCGGAGGCGGACAGCCGCACCAGCGCCUGCCACCCCCAAAAUGUGGCCCGCAGGUACCUCGGCGCAGUGAAUGCUACGCCGUCAUCGACCUGAAGAAGACGGCGGCCAUGUCCAACCUGCAAAAAGCUCUGCCCAGGGAUGACGGCACUUCCCGAAAGACUCGCCACAACAGCACUGACCUGCCUCUGUAA